AUGUCGAUAUCAGCGAGUCAUGAUGACCAGCCCGUGGAUCGCACUGUUGUUGUGAUCGGUAGAACGGGUAAUGGAAAAUCAGCGCUGGCGAACGCAAUUGCUGGCCGAUUUGACGGGGACUUGUUUUCCGAAUCGGCAAGUCCCCACAGCCGAACUAGAGGCACGCCAGCGCACAUUGUGACUCUCGACCACGAGGGCCGCACGUACCGCGUACGAAUCGUGGACACGAAUGGCUUCGGCGAUACGGACAUGUCGGAGAAGGACGUUCUGCAAGCGCUGGCGGACCUUGCUCGGACAUGUGAUGGAGGGAUUCACCACGUGUUCUUCGUCACCAAGCACCGCUUUACCGCCGUCGAGCAGGAAGCAUUCAAGCUGAUGGUCAACACAAUCUUCAAUCCCGACGUGCUGCCGUUCGUCACGGUGGUUCGCACGCACGCGUUCACUCGCGAACAGGACCACUCGGCAAAGCUACGGCAGUUCCAGGAGGAGAUGAUGGUGCAGCUUCCCAGCAUGGCGAGCGUGCGCGGCUUUCUAAUGGUGAACAAUCCCGAGGUCGGCGAGCACCAGUCGCUGGAGGGACGCCAGCGAACGCACCGGAUCUUCCUCGACCACAUCCUGUCGGGCAGCCCGCGGUCAUACUCUCCGCCGUGCUUCGCCGCGGUGAGAGAGCGCGUCGGGCCAGCACUGGCGACAAAGGACAGUCUGGCGGCGGAGCUGAAGCGUCUGCGCGAGAAGCAGGCGUCCGCGCUGCCCGGCAGCGAGGAGAUGCGGCGCCUGGAGACCGAGGCGGCCGGCGUCAACAUGGAGAUGGACAAGAUCGGCGAUGCCAUCAUGAUCAUGAUGCACGAGGUUCUGCGCGUGGCCGUCGGUGCGCUCAUCGGCAAGUGCACUAUCCUGUGA